AUGGCCACAAUUAAAUUCAAAGAACCAUCACCUUAUUCAAAACCCAAACCAAGACCACCCACUGAAGAUUAUUUGUAUAAAAUAUUUGAAGAUGAUUGGAGCUUAAAAAGCAACGCAGAUGCUGAUAUAAUAGUCAAAGUUGCAAUUUUCGGAGCGGGUCGAGCGGGUACAAUUCAUUUGGCAAAUAUUAUUCAUAAUCCUCGAAUGAAGCUGAUGUACAUUGUUGAUGAUGUUGAAGCUAACUGGCCAAAAAUGAAGAAACAUUACCGUCUGAAUGACGUUAUUUUUCUAAACAGUAAACAAUCAGAUAAAGUUUUUAAAGAUCCCAAUGUUGAUGCGGUAAUUGUCUCAUCUCCAACUCAUACCCACGAAUAUAUAGUAACCAAAUCAUUAGAAGCUCGCAAAGCUGUUUUUUGUGAAAAACCGAUCGCUGAAAAUCGAGAACAAACGGAGAAAUGUUUUGAAGCAGCGAGAAAAGCUGGAAGACCUCUUUUUACAGCUUUCAACCGGCGAUUCGAUCCAAGUUACAAUGCCGUCAGAGACCGGAUUAGGAAAGGAGAAGUUGGACAUGUUCAUACCAUCAAAAUAGUCUCGCGAGACUCUCCAAUGCCUAGUAUAGAAUACCUCAAAGAAUCUGGAGGUAUUUUCCAUGAUUGUAUGGUCCACGAUAUUGACAUGAUGACUUGGAUAUUGGGAGAGUAUCCGAUAAAGGUUGCAGUUCAAGCAUCUGCCAACGUACCUGAGAUAAAAGCAAUCAAUGAUUUUGAUACUGUCGUCGCAACUUUAAAAUUCCCAUCUGGAACUUUAGGAAUGAUUGACCUUUCUCGCAAUGCGUGCUACGGUUAUGACAUGAGACUUGAAGCAUUUGGACCCAAAGGGUUGGUCCGCGCUGAAAAUGAGCAGCCUAUUCAUUGCGUUGAAACUAUGUACAAUUACAAUGGUCCAAAUACCGCUCCUAUCUGGUACUCGUUCCCCAGCCGUUUCCGUUUAGCUUACCAAAAAGAACUUGAUCAUUUUAUAGACGUUGUACUGGGUAAAUGCGAGAUGAUUGUCAAACCUAAAGAGAAUUUAGCUGUUAGUAAAAUAGCGAGUAUUGUUGAAGAAUCUGCACGG